GUGAAUUAAGAUGGCUUUAAAAUGUAUUGAAAUACAUAAAAGCGACAUUAGUAUCGUAUACAUAUCCAUGCACACGUACAUAUGCAUAUUAAAUUCAUGCGAAAACGUUUUAAGUAUCGCGUAAAAUUAUAAGAAGAUUUAUUGCAUUAAGUGAGAAUAAUACGUGGCUUGUAGAUAAACACCAACGCAAGUUAAAGAUUCAAAAUCGAAAUAAAUGAAAAUUGUUUGUUGAUUGCGUUACUCGAGUAUUGAACGAUUCAAUACCAAAAAAAAUAGUAAAAAAUAUAAGAAGAAGCUCAUUAGCGAAAUUGUGGUCGAAGAAAUUAUGGUAAAACUCUAUAAACUAAAGCUGCCCAUCGCUGUAUACUGGAAUGUUUUAGUGAUCGGGUAGAUAUAUAUUUAGCAGCGACCAGUAAGCGUAUAGGAAUCUUUCAACAUACAAAUUUGGUUUAUAUAAAAAUACACAUACUAUGCAGAUAUCCAAAAGAUGGCAAAAUCACGGAGUGUUCUCUACGCUGCUGGGGUAACUUGCUUAGGAUUUCUGUGUUUUGCAUUAGCCUCAGCUGCUAUAGGAAUACCUAUUUGGGGUUACUAUGAUAGUCCAACGGGGGGCUACGAUUUCGAUCGAGGAUAUUUUGGUCUCUUCAAAGUUUGCAAACAGCUAACAUAUAACCGGGAAAAAUGUGGUAAUGAUGUUUCGAAAUUUCGACUAUCCACGGUCGUAAACAUAAGUGGUCUAUUAACCAUUUUAAGUUCGGCAGCUCUUGGUAUUUUCUGUGUUCUAUCGGUAAUACAAAUAGCGAUGAUAUCUUCCCGUGAGAAAGUUGUAAUGCCUUACAAUACAUUGGUUAUUUUUAAGAUGAUAUUGGCGCUGAUUGCAUGCUUGUUGGCUACUAUCGCAACUGUAAUGUUCGCUCUGCAAAUCGAUGAUUCAGAAAAAUAUGGCUUCAAAAUUUCUCGAGGCAUAUCUUUUUAUUUGCAGAUUGUAGUUAUCGUAUUAACCAUUGGACUUUUUCUUGCUGCUCUUUACGAUGUACUUUUCUCACGUCGGAUGGGUGGAGACCCCACAAUGAUUGUGGAUACUUCUUCAGCAGCCAGCGCCACGACAUAUAACAAUCCUGGUUACAAAGAGUCACGUUCAAGGAACGGCGUUUCGGUAACUGAUGCAUCUGGCAGGCCUUAUAGCAAUAUACGAAAUGGUGGAAGUGUGGCAUCUAUGUCCACUACAAUGACUAGCGUAUCAAACGGCUCAACAGUGGAAUCAUUAACACGUUCUCCCCUUCGCUCCAGUUUAAAGAAACCACGUCCACCUCGUGACCCUGCGUUAGGCAUUCCGAACCCUGGAUUUUCUGGAUCGGGAAGCUCGCCGCCUAUGCACCGUAGUAAUAGUGUAAAAAAAGUACGCAUUCAAACACAUAGCACAGAAGUUUGAAAUUUGAACAGGAAUUAAUAUUGUAUCGUAUGAUACAAAAAGUAAAAAAUGACAAAACUGUGGAUACAAAGCAGAAUAGUAAUUGGACAUUUGGCUAUGUACAGAAAAAAUUUGCACAGUUUUAGAAAGAUAUAUACAUAUUACAUAUGUAGACAUUUACUGAGAGGCAAAAGCAAGACAAAUUCAUGGCUUAGUGUCAUUAUGAAGAAUAUACCUUUAUACAUUUUGUUUUACCAUUUGCGUUUAGACUUUUACAAUUUAUAUAUACAUACACAUAAAAUUUGUUCUAGAUUUUAGCAUUGACUAACUUGAAUAACUAAAAUAAAUUUCGAUGCGUGUCACCUGGUAUAAAGCUACCUUGGAUAAAAGUAAAUAAAUACAGACUUCAAAAGUAAAUUCAUAGUUCCUGUAACG